AUGAAGUUCUCUCUCCUCUCCCUCGUCGCCCUCCUUACCGUCACUGCUUCGGCUCUGACUCCCUUCCAGCCUGCUCCUGGAGGCUUCGAGGUCCGCAUGAAGCGCCAGCAGAACAAGCCCGCCGUCCAGGUUGGCGCCAUGACCGACGCUGACGGCAACGUCGUCCCCUACAACCGUGAGGGUGCCAAGCGCGCCAGGAGGGUCAAGGCCAGGCGCGCCAUCGAGGCCGAGAUGCACAAAUAA